AUGGGUGUAGAAUAUUGCAGGAAGAGUGGGCAGAUUCCGGCAUUUGGUGACUGGGAUAAGACAAAUGAGCUUCCAAUUACUCAGUAUUUCGAGUGCGCAAGGCAAGCCGGCCUGAUGCGCUGCUCCUGCUCGGCGGAAUGUGUUUCGUAUAAUGCGACCGGUGGUUCUUGGGGCGCCGCCGCCACUGAUCUGUACUCUGUUGAGUAUGAGAAACCGCCGUCCCAGGCUGUUUAUGGUGUUCCUCCACGAAAGACAAGGGGAAAUGCCAAGCGCUAUGCAGAUGUCACGGAACAGAGAAAGCAAGAUAAGGUGCGCGAGGCAAUGGAACAGCGGAGAAGUCAGCCUUUGUCUCAGAAGAAUAUUAACAAGUCUGCCGAAUUUAUUCCACGGCAAUCUAUAAUUACUUCUGCGAAACCAGUGGACGAAGAUCUUUACAAAAUUCCUCCUGAUCUUCUUCAGAAGACCAAACGUAAGAAAAUGUUGGGAUUCUUUUCCCGGUGCAUUGCUCCCCCUUGUGCAACAUGA